UAGGUCAGAAAAAAAAAGAACCCAAUAUUUUCAGAAGAAUCGUCAAGUAGUCAUGGGGAUAUGCAAACCGAAACAGUUUACAUUUCUAAUAACGACGAAAUACAUAUUCACAUCGACGAGAAUCAUCAGCACAUCAUAAUCUGAUACAGAAAUGGAUCCAGACAUUUCUGUAUCAGAUUCAUCAAGCAACAAGGAGGAUAUGCUAACCGUAAGCGAUGGCGGAUCUGAUAACGACGAAAUGGACAUUUGUGAUGAGGACAUAAAUUCAAAAUCUGACACUGAAAUGGAUCCAGCCCUUCCAGAAAACUGGGACAGUCAAAAUAAGGAUGUGGAAUCUGAACUGGCCUCAAUUACUCCAACUACUCUACAAAAGCCGCGUCGCAUUAAACAGAAGAUAGUAUUAUUACACGGUCAACGCUUCACUUUAUUUGACGAAUCCGAUACAGAUGAGCCAGAGAGUCAAAAAGAAGACGUGAAAUACCAGGCCAAUAACGAAGUCCACACUGACAAGGAUGAGAUUGGUAACAAAGGAGACUUGGCUAAGACGACAGAUUCUGAUCAUGACCAAGUCUACGUUAUUAGUGACGAAUCUGAUACAGAAAUGGAAGAGUCUCUGAGUCAAAAAGGAGACGUGAAAUACCAGGUCAAUAACGAAGUCCACACUGACAAAGAUGAGAUUGAUAACCAAGGAGACUUGUCUAAGACAACAGAUUCUGAUCAUGACCAAGUCUACGUUAUUAGUGACGAAUCUGAUAUAGAAAUGGAGCCUCCAAAAGAGUCUGUGAGUCAAAUAGAAGGCGUAACAUACCAGACCAAUAACGAAAUCCACUUUGGCCAGUAUGAAACUGGUAAAGAUAAAAAAAACUCGAUGUCUAAAACUUUUUUUAACCAUGACCAAGUUUAUAUUAUUAGUGACGAAUCUGAUACAGAAAUGGAAGAGUCUCUGAGUCAAAAAGAAAACGUGAAAUACCAGGCCAAUAACGAAGUCCACACUGACAAAGAUGAGAUUGAUAACAAAGGAGACUUGCCUAAGGCAACAGAUUCUGAUCAUGACCAAGUCUACGUUAUUAGUGAUGAAUCUGAUAUGGAAAUGGGACCUCCAAAAGAGUCUGUGAAUCAAAUAGAAGGCGUAACAUACCAGACCAAUAACGAAAUCGUCUUUGGCCAGUAUGAAAUUGCUAAGAUUAAAUCAAAGCCGAUGCUGGAAAGCUUUGGUUUUAAACAAGGCCAAAUUUAUAUUGUUAGUGAUGAAUCUGAUACUGAAAUGGACCCUUCAAAACAGUCUGCGAGUCAUUUAGAAGACGUGAAAUCUAAGACCGAUAACGUCCACACUGACAAGCAUGAAAGUGAUAACGAAUGUAAACGAGACAAGCGUAAACAACGUUUAGAUUUUACUGUUCCACUUGAUCCGAUAUUGAAGAUACCUAUUAAACAUCCGCUAAGAAGCUCCGUAUGCAAUCAUGUGUUUGAGCGCCAUUCAAUUAAGAACCACAUUAAAAUCAUGAAGCUCAAAAAUAAACCAGCGUGGUGCCCAUACAUUGGAUGUCAGACACAAUUCUCUUCAAAGAGGGAUUUGGUCAAAGAUAGAAAAUUAAAGAAGAAAAUCGCCAAGUAUACGGCUCAGUUAGAAAAACAUUAGGUAUUUCGUUGUAUUUUACUAUUAAGCUGGUGAAGCUUUAUAAUUUUUGAAAUAAAAAAAUUACACUUC